CAUCUUUUGGAGGAAAAGAGGAUUUAGAUGUCUUUGAAGAAGGGACUGAUAAUUCAAUUAACAGAACUGAAGAUUGGGUAGAACUUAUUCAAAAUUGGAUGAAUAUAAUUGAUGAUAAUGAAGAUAUUUAUGACCCUUUAAAAUUUAUAUCU